AUGGAGAGUGUUAAAUUUUUAUUAAUCAAUUCAGUUGCGCUUGAGACAUCCGAUAACUAUUCUACUGAGAAUAAUUGCAGUGCAGUGGAUACCAUCUUUGGGCGAAACGUCAGCUCUAAUCAAACGGCCUUUCACGAUGGACGUUACGUGAAGUUCCUGAAUUAUGUACUGUGUGUUUUGGCCAUAUUAAUAACACUGGCUGCAAUAAUUGGAAACUUCUUGGUGAUAUUUGCAGUCAUAAGUGAAAAACGUCUUAGGAAAGUCGGUAAUAUCUUCAUCAUAAAUCUUGCCGUUAGUGACUGUCUUGUCGGUUUGGUUGUAAGCCCAUUGGCGAUAGCCUACGAUAUAACAAACAUAUGGGUUCUAGGUGAGACUGCCUGCGACAUAUGGGUUUCUUUAGAUAUGAUAUGUUGUACAGCAAGUAUCCUCAACCUGUGUGCCAUUGCCUAUGAUAGAUGCAACGCAAUAGUUCAACCUAUUAAGUAUUCUCGCAAACGAACAUUUAAACGUGCCGGACUUAUAAUGGUCUUUGUUUGGACAUAUUCGAGCGGCGUUGCUGUUCCGAGAUUCCUAGGAUGGCGUGAUCCAAACGAAUACGGUCUUCCUCAUGGCAAAUGUCACAUAAGCACAAAUAUCGGUUACACGUUUUACUCGACAUUUCUUGCUUUUUUCAUUCCGCUGCUUUUCAUGUUAUAUUUUUACUGGAAGAUCUACAGCGCCACAUGUGUUCGUAGUUCGCAAUGGUAUCACCAUCCCGGUUACAGUCAUUACAAAGGUCAAGAUGCUCCGUCCGAUUCGAGUGAAGGCGCUCAAGAUAAAAAGUACCUGUGCAAAUGGUGUCUGCUUUGUCUUUCGCGGGAAGAGAUUCCAUUGCCUGAUACACAGGAGCAGGCAACACAAACGAACAUUGGCGAACAAGUCCAAAGUAAAUUAGUCAAACAGGACUCAAUACCCGAAGAGGAUAUAUCCCGAAGGGAAAGUAUUGAGCCGGAACUUUUGGCCAUCUACCAAAUGCGUCAACGAUCAACCCGCAUUCUUUCAAACGCUACCAUGUCUAGUUUUAACUCAACGUUUUAUUCUUCCACUGAUUCUUCAAACACAGCUACAACUUCAUUUUCAGAGAGUAGCGACAGGAGUAGCAGCAUCAGCACGGAACCACGCGACCGAGAUCGUUCGUUUCUGGAACCUAAGGAUAGGCCAAGCAUUCACAUUGAACCAAGAGAUCGUAGUAUGAGUUCUUCAACCGAAAGUGGGCGGAGUUUCAGCUCAGAAAGCUUUCCUAGAAAGUUGGGUCCAUUGAGAGGUGCCCGCCUUUCGAGCGCCCGUCAGAGCAGUCUACAGCAAGAGGUGAUACACGAAAUAGCCUCAGCGGCUCAUUUAGAGCAGCUUGAGGACCUCGAGGAGGUACAGGUCGGUCCGAUGGUACUUAGAACAAUGCGCAGAACUGGGACAGUUGACACCGAUGAUACUCAUGACGAAAUGAGCGAUGACGGACAAGGUGUUAGACCAAAGUCAAGCAGGAAGUUAAAGUCGUCCACAUUUCGACGGCGUAAUUCGAGGAAAAGUAGGAAAAUUGCAAUUUCGCAAGAAAAUCGCGCUGCUAAGACCCUCGGAAUUGUAAUGGGCUGUUUUGUCAUUUGCUGGCUUCCGUUCUUUGUAAUUACAUUAGUGAGAGUUUUAUGUGUAGCAUGCCCUAUUCCGCCAAUGCUAUUCAAGCUGGCCGUAUGGUUAGGAUAUUUUAAUUCUGCUUGUAAUCCAUUUAUUUACACAUUCUUUAACAAAGACUUUAGAAUUGCUUUUCGCAAAUUGUCCUGUUUUGUUCAACGAAGUAUAGUGUAUUUGUAAGAUUCGUGUUAUAUAUGUAUACAUAUAUUUUGUUCAGCUUGAGCUUUUUGUUU